AGAGAGAGAGAAAGAGAACUAUUUUGGGCCUGCAAAGCUGGCCUCUUCCGGGCAGGCGUUACCCCUGUUCCCAGUCUGAAGGGCACCGGGCACUGCAUCAUGCCUCCCUGGGAGAGACUUCAUGGGCACUUCCCAGCAUGGCCCCAUCCCUGGCAUAAGCUGUUUGCAAGAUGGAAAAUUUUGAAUACAGCAUCCAGCUGAACGACCGCGAUUGGGCUGAAUUUUAUUUCGUCUCCGAAGAGUGCCGUUUGAUCCCCCCAGCUUUGGCCACUGCUGAAGACCAGCUCCCGGGUGAUCUCGAGGAAGGGGAGGCCGAAGGCAAGGAGGGCUCAGCAGCCCACCCCAAAGCUAGCCGUCUCCCCUGCGAUGUCCCAGGUGGGCACCUGCUUGCGGAAGAUGCUUUCUCUGGCAGCGAAGAUGAAAGCGAUUUAGGCUCCGUCAGUAGGUUUCUCUGCAGAAGUCAGCAAGCCUUCCGGCCUUCCCAGGCCUUCCCAAGCCCGCUCUCCAGCCUCCCUUUGAACCCUCAUCUGCCAAGGCCGGCCACCAGCUCUAUCCCUCUCUCUGUUGCCAACGAAGACAGCGCAGGAACAGUAGGUUGGCUCAUGGAUCCCAAAACUAAGACAGAAGCCCACAUCACCCAAGAGAAAGAUUCACAGGAACCACAUCCGAGGCCAGAGACGGGAGAAAAAUCUUUGGUGGUGCUGCCCCUCACUUCGACAACGGAGAGUCCAGAGGGAGCAAAUGGCUUGGAAGCAAAGUAUCCCCAAGACCAUACUUCCCUGACUGCUUCUCCAGGGUCAACGAGCCACACCGCCGUUUCUGAAAAACUUGGAUUUCCCAAGCUGAGAGACGUAGCUCUAGAUCCCAGUUCUUUCGGGGUUUCUUCCGUUCUUUCUCCAACCUCUGGAGAAGCUGAGGAUCCAGAGAAGGAAGUCAAGUGCCUCCAGGUUGCCUUGAGGGUCUCCUUCCAGGAAACACAUUCCCCUUCUUCUCAAGAACAUUCGGUCCAGCUAAGACCACUGUUGGUCAGCAGUAGGGCAAGGACUUCUGGGAAGAAAGAAGAGGAUGUCCCGGAAACAGAGAAGGGAGCAGAAGACAACAGCAGGAACUUACGCCCUAAGACCUCUCAAGAGGGAGACCAAGCCAAGGACAACGGGGUGGAAGGAUGCCCAGAAGCCCUGGAAGAAGAUGGGUCUCCAGACGCAUCUUUGGAGGUUGACCACAGAGGGUCUGCUGCUUCGUCAGGAAAGAUGGAAAGGCAGAAUAAUGGAGAACCUUGUCUCCCUCUUGGCCUGGCCAUCCCACCUGAAGGAGAGUCCCCAACUAGGACUCCAGAAAACCCGAGACUCGUUCCCUACCAUCUGAAAUCCCAUGACUGUCCAGAAGAAGUUUCAACCAACGUGACGUGGCCCGAGGUGUACGACUACUUCUUCUUGGAUGAUCUCCACGAAGUAGAGAGGCCGCCGUUGCAGGGGGGAACUCCGCGGAAGACCAGCCACGGCCGUCCAUCAGAGCUACCGGCCAUGUCAGGUCCUGAAAUGUACGAAUAUUUCUUCCAGGAUGUAGGUGAGCCUAUGAUUGAAGAGGAGACUCGGAGCAAAUCUGGUCCUUCAGAGACAACCUUCAGCUCUGCCCAUGGUUUGGUUCCAUCCACUGACUUGGAAGAGCCACCAUCCAACAUGAGCACGGACCCCAUGGGAUUCCCAGAGGUGUAUGAGCACUUCUUUGUGCACCAGCCACAAGUCAAGAGCCACCAUAGGCCUAACCUCUUGGCUGUGCCAGCUUCAGAGUUAAAGAAGGCCGUGAGAACUUUAACAUCCCUUGUAUGCAGGCCAGUUCGCUUUCUCAGAUCGCGGCCAAAGAGGAGAGGAUCUCAACCAAGAGUGAUGCUCCUAUCUCCAACGCUUCUGGACAGAACAUCCCCAAGACCAGAAAACCUUGGGGUAGCUGUCUUUAAACCAGAGAGGCCUCUUCAGCUGGUCCUCACGCCCAGAGAUCUGUGUCUGGGAUUUGUGGCGUUGGCUUCUUGGGCUGUGAAAACCUCCGACCUCCACUCUCCGGAUGCUUGGAAGAUUGUGCUGCUGGCAAAUUUUGGUACCCUCUCGGCCAUCCGUUGCUUCAGGAGGCAGGUUGUCAUGGAAAGCUAUCAUGGCUCUUAAGGAGAUGCAAGUCAGUCCCAUUCACUUCCUGAAGGUUGUGCUUUCAAGAUCGUUUCCUGCAGAGCAAGAAAGCAAGAUUUGGGGCCUCUUGAAUUGUCAAACUUUACUGGCAGGGAAUGAGGUGAGAAAGAUGAUUAAACCGUCCCUAAAAAUCAGUUUUAGUUACCAUGCCUGUUGGGAUCUACCCAACUCAAGCCUCAAAUCCUUCCUUCCUUCCUUCUUUCUCUCUUUCUUUC